AUGAUGCCAUUUCAUCAACCGUUUGUCACCGACGGGGAUGAAGACAACGAAUGGGAGGAAAUUAAUGCCUCCAUGUUCCCAUCCACCCUCAGUGGUACAGAAUCCACCGGUGGAGCGUUUACCCUUGACGAUUCAGAAUUCAGUAAAAGGGACUCUAUAGCAGAGAACUCGGCAGGUAGAUCAGCACUUGCUACUGCCUAUCAACGAAGAAUCAAGGAAUUGGAAAAGGAGAAUGCCACUUUACGAAGUGAGAAUGCCACCUUGAAAGGAGAAAACAAAACUCUUUUCGAGAGUAAAACAGGUCUCGAUCUCAAAUUAAUUGAGGCUCAGAAAAAGAUCAACGAAUUGACAUGUUCUUUAGCAUCAAAGAGGAGCGGUCACAUAUACGUCUCGCCCAGUGCUCAUGAUUCAUCUAGGCAGCACAACGGGAAUAUGGAUAAAUUUCCCCCCGGGUUUUGGGAUAAUUGA